CUCCUGUUGCUCCUCCUCCUCCUCCUGCACCAGCAGCAGCAGCAGUAAUCAGGGAUGCUGGUGUACGGCCUUCCCCGCCUCGUUCCUCGGUGUUCGGUGUGAUCGGUGACUCGCAGCUCGGUUCUCGGUCAUGGUUCAGAAAUCACGGAACGGCGGGGUUUUCCCCGGAGCUCAGGCCGAUCAGAAGAAGGUCGGCUUCGUUGGUUUGGACGGCGGAGGAACCGAGUCCAGCAGAGACGGAGCUCUGCUCAUAUCAGCUGUGGAGGAGGGGCCUCGGCGGCAGCGCAGCAGUGUCUCUGGAGGAAAACGACCUCCUAAAAGAAACGCCCUCUACAGGCGACUGCAAAAUUUUCUCUACAACGUCCUAGAGAGACCAAGAGGAUGGGCCUUCAUCUACCAUGCCUAUGUGUUCCUGCUCGUGUUCUCCUGCCUCGUUCUUUCCGUUUUCUCCACCAUCAAAGAAUAUGAGAAGAGUUCAGAGGAUGCCCUUUACAUCCUGGAAGUGGUCACCAUUGUGGUGUUUGGGGUGGAGUACAUGGUGAGGAUCUGGGCUGCAGGCUGCUGCUGUCGAUACAGAGGCUGGAGAGGACGACUCAAGUUUGCCAGGAAACCGUUCUGUGUCAUUGACAUCAUGGUGCUGAUUGCGUCCAUCUCUGUGUUGGCGGCGGGGACUCAGGGAAACGUCUUUGCCACGUCAGCGAUUCGUUCUCUUCGGUUCCUUCAGAUCCUGAGGAUGAUCCGUAUGGACCGCAGAGGAGGAACCUGGAAGCUGCUGGGAUCAGUGGUUUACGCCCACAGCAAGGAGCUGAUCACAGCCUGGUACAUCGGUUUCCUGUGUCUCAUUCUGGCAAGUUUCCUUGUUUAUUUGGCAGAAAAAGAAGAUAACGAUCAGUUUGAGACGUACGCAGACGCCCUCUGGUGGGGACUGAUCACCUUGACAACCAUUGGUUAUGGAGAUAAGUUUCCCAUCACCUGGAAUGGUCGUCUUCUUGCUGCCACUUUCACUCUGAUUGGAGUUUCAUUCUUCGCUUUGCCCGCGGGGAUCCUUGGUUCUGGUUUUGCUCUGAAGGUUCAGGAGCAGCACAGACAGAAACACUUUGAGAAGAGACGGAAUCCAGCAGCCGGACUCAUACAGGCAGCGUGGAGAGUUUAUGCCACAAAUCUGAGCCGAACUGAUCUGUCGUCAACGUGGGACUACUACGAGAGGACAGUGUCUGUCCCCAUGUACAGGCUGAUUCCGCCGCUCAAUCAACUGGAUUUACUGAGGAACCUGAAGAACAAGUCAGGACUCUCUUUCAGGAAAGAUGUCCAGCCUGAACAGUCUCCCAGUCAGAAAGUCAGUCUGAAGGAGAGGGUUUUUUCAUCCCCCCGAAGUUCAGGAACCAAAGGAAAAGGUUCUCCACAGCACGUGGUUCCAUCCAUUGGCCCCGGUGUUGCUCCUGGUCCUGGAGGUCCAGCGGGAGUCCAGACCCUGAGGCGUUCCCCUAGUGUGGAGCCAUGUCAGGAGGAGAGUCCCAGCAAGGUCCCAAAAAGUUGGAGCUUCGGAGAACGAAGCCGAACCCGGCAGGCCUUCAGAAUCAGAGGAGCUGCCUCCCGACAAAACUCUGAGGUGCUGAUAGAGAUGCAGGACGAAGAGUUCAGACAGAAGAGCUCACCAGAUGCGAGUCUUCCAGGAGAAGACAUGGCUGACGACAACAAGAGCUGCCACUGUGAGUUCGUCCCUCAGGACCUGACGCCGGGGUUAAAGGUCACCAUCAGAGCCAUCUGCAUCAUGCGCUUCAUGGUUUCAAAGAGGAAGUUCAAGGAGAGUCUUCGUCCUUACGAUGUCAUGGACGUGAUCGAACAGUACUCGGCCGGACACCUGGACAUGUUAGCACGCAUCAAGAACCUGCAGACCAGAGUGGAUCAGAUUGUUGGCAGAGGGACGCCCGUCACAGACAAAGACCGUCCAAAAGCGUCCAGCGAGGAGCUUCCUGAUGACCCGAGCAUGAUGGGACGUCUGGGGAAGGUGGAGAAGCAGGUCCUGUCCAUGGAGCGGAAGUUAGACUUCCUGGUCAACAUCUACAUCCAGAGAAUGGGAAUUCCUCAGGCUGAAACUGACGCUUACUUUGGAUCCAAGGAGCCGGACCCAGCACCGCCCUACCACAGUCCUGUGGACCAGCUGGACAAAAACCAGUCCAUGUCCAAAAACCCACAGGUGUUGCCUAGCGACCAUGUGGAGAAGACUCGCUUUGGGAUGAAGAUGGUUCGCUCCAGCAGCUCCACCGGACACAGGAACUACAGCGCCCCCACAUGCCCGCCCUCCACCUCCUGGCAGCCCAUUAGCUCCCAGCUCCCUCAACAGGCUCCGCCCCCCCCUCAGGGUAGCCAUGGCAACACGCCGAGUCCGGUGGGAGACGGGUCUCUGGUUCGACUCCCACCCCCUCCGGCUGGAGAGAGGCACGGUGGGAACCGAUCGAACCGUCAGAGCACCGGAGAGCGGGGAGGGGUGGAGAGAGCGGAGCAGGGAGGGGGGGCAGGGGGCGGGGAAGAGGAGGUGAAAGUGGACAGCGACACGUCCGUCUCCAUCCCGUCUGUGGACCACGAGGAGCUGGAGCGCUCGUUCAGCGGCUUCUCCAUCUCACAGUCCAGAGAGAAUGUGGACUUCCUCAACAGCAGCUUCUACAACAGAGCAGGGGGCGGGGCCACGCUCUGUGCCGCCGUACGCCCCUACAUCGCUGAGGGCGAGUCCGACUCCGACUCGGAGCUCUGUGCCCCUUCACCUCACUCGGACCACGUUUGGACCGGAACCAAGUAGAAGUGAACCAGCAGAACAUUAAAGACUUUGAACUGUAGAGGGCGGUGUCGCACCGCUCAUCAUCAGAAGAAGAGUUGAGAGCAAAGCAUCACGGGAACACAGGUGUCUGCACUGGGUCUGAGUCUGACAUGCCCACGUCUGAUUGUUAGCUUUGUCUGUAUUAAAAGUAUCCUAUCACUUUAAUAUUGUGUUUACUGUCGUCACCAUGACGACGGCGUUUCUUUUUUAACGUCUUCUGUAUCAAUCUUCAAACAUCGUAAUAAAACCUUCUGUUUCUCUUG